CCCGCACGCCCGCCGAUCUUGUCCAGUUUAGAGCAUUAGCCCCUUUCUCGCCCAAGAAUGUCGUCUACCACCCCAGUGACCGCCGACUUCUCCUCGCCUCCCCUGAAACGGAGCAAGAUCGUGCUUCUUGGAGACCAGAGUGUGGGGAAGACCAGCUUAAUCACAAGAUUUAUGUACGACACGUUUGACAACACGUAUCAAGCAACGAUAGGGAUUGACUUCCUGAGCAAGGCGAUGUACCUCGAGGACCGGACAGUGCGGCUACAACUCUGGGACACUGCGGGCCAAGAGCGCUAUCGGUCGCUAAUUCCGUCAUACAUCCGUGACUGCUCAGUCGCGAUCGUAGUAUUCGACAUUACGAACCGGCAGUCAUUCUUGUCGACAUCCAAGUGGAUUGAUGAUGUGCGUUCGGAACGAGGGAACGACGUGAUCAUCGUACUUGUGGGCAACAAGGCAGACUUGUCGGACAAGCGGCAAGUGACGCUUGAAGAGGCGAAUGCAAAGGCGCAGGAGCUGAACAUCAUGUUCAUGGAGACGUCCGCCAAGGCCGGCCACAAUGUGAAGAGCUUGUUCAAGAAGAUUGCCAUGUCGCUAGUAGGCAUGGAGAAGGAGAACGAGGCGGCCGAUGCGCAGAAUACUAAAAUCGACGUCACAUCACCACCAACAAACGAGGUACCGGACGCUUCCCAGUGCCAAUGCUGAACUCUCUCCCGGUCAAGUAGAGCAUGUCGUAUCGUCUCCUGGUGCUUGUCUUAUCCCUGUAUGUAGUUCUUGAAGAUGUGUAUACCUUCACAUUGUUUUAUUGGCAUCGCG